AUCCAACUGAACCCUGAUUUUUAGAACAUUUGAGUUUGAUUUGUGGAAGGGGUUGAUAUGGCUAGAACUAAGAGUACAAGGGUUAACUGAAAAUUUCCAUUUCCAUUUCCAUUUGCAAGGGCAAAGGCAAAGGCAAACCACUGUUAACAAUUCCCAUGCCUGAUUAGGGUUUUUUCAUUCCGGGCUCCAGCAUGGAUCAACACAGGGAAUACCGUUCUUCUUGGUCUUACGACAACUCAGUCCCUCCUCUACCCUACCACGACUUUAAUCAUGGUGGUGGAUUCUCUAACUACAAUCACCCCGGUAGAUACCAAAACCACUACCAAGAUGUUGCUACUGAACCAACCGACUCAUUUGGAACUGCAUUCGUUGGACGAAAGAGACAAUUCUCUCAAUCUGCUCAUGGCCCUCCUGAAUACAACGAUGGUGGCAGUUGUGCCAAGCUUUAUGUUAGAGGGGUCCCAAGAGAAGUCACUGAACAGGAUAUCCGCUCCAUAUUCGGUAAGCAUGGAAACAUCAUAGAGGUUGUUCUUUUCAAGGAAUUAAAAAGUCUCCACGAGCAAGAAUGCUGUUUUGUUAAAUAUGCAAAGAUAGAGGAAGCUACCCAAGCUAUAAGAGCAUUACAUAAUCAUCAUACUUUUCCUGGGGGAAUGCGUCCCAUUGAAGUUAAAUAUGCCUCUAAGAAACAAGAACGCCCAGGGUGCUCAAGGAGUGUGAUAGGGUGUUUGAGGACGCAUGAGUGCAAAGUGUUUGUUGGUUUCUUGAACAAGCAGGCAUCAAAAGCGGAAAUUACAGAGAUAUUUUCCCCUUAUGGCUGUGUUGAAGAUGUAUUCCUGCUGCGUGAUGAAUACAAGCAGAACCGUGGUAUUGGAUUCAUCUCGUUUUCUCAUAAAGAUAUGGCAGCUGCUGCAAUUAUUGCUCUGAACGGCAAAUAUGUGAUGAAAGGUUGUGAUCAACCGUUGGUUGUCCGUUUUGCAGAUCCAAAGAAGCCAAAAACUGGGGAAUACAGGUCUGCACCGUAUGUCAGUGAUCCAGUUGGUCAAACCUCACUACCUAAUAGUUCACACAUGUCUUCACAAACCGGAAGUGAGCCUCCAUCAGUUUCCAGCACUUGUUCUGUGGCUACAAGUAGUGAGAUGUCAAAUCCACCUGAUUGUGAUUGGAGUGAGCAUGUAUGUCCUGAUGGCAAUGCAUACUACUAUAAUUGUGUAACAUGUGAAAGCCGGUGGGAGAAACCGGAGGGAUACGGCUUCCAUGAGCAACAAGUUGAGAAGUGCAAUCAGCAGCCAUGGCGUCAUGCCUGAUUGUUUGAUUAAAAAGAUACACUCAUGGAGUUGAGCACUGACAUACAGAUUGUGAGUUUGGAAGUGGAGAAUUCUAUUUUAUAUGGUGUUAGAAGAAGUCUCUGCAAUUUUGAUGGUGUGGCAUCGAGGAGAGUACCUUGGAAUAUAAGAAUUGUAUGAUUCCAAAUGAGCAUCAAGUAGUAAUUAAUCGAAUAUUGGUCUGAAGAAUUUGUGAUAUGUUUUUCAGGUUGGUUUGUGUGGUUUGAGGUUCAUAUUGGCAAGCUUAUUUGGAUUGGAAGAAAUGUUCUGUUUCGUUGGGUUGGAUUAGAUUGGAUUGGGAAAUAGAUUGCAUAUGUAUAUAUGGUACUGGGAAAUUAUAUUUAUAUCAAGCUGUGCUUAGACAAUUGCAUUUAUGUUUUUAUAGCUUUUUAAAUAUCCUUUAUUUGUAUAAAAUAUAAUGAAAUAUCACAUAUAAUUGUUAAAAGAAAUUAUCAAAUGUGAGAAGUAAAAGAUUAUUUGGCAUGAUGAUUGUCUAAUCUGUCUUGGCAUCAUGCUUUUGCACAAAAUGUAGAUAAUACAUAUAACCACCAGCAGAAGACCUCGAUUAAAUUUGUUACGUAUGU